AUGUCUUCAUCUGGUUCCUCGCGUUCUACUACCUCACGGAACUUGCAUCUUCUGCAGUUCACUGGCCCUCGAGGUGGUUGCGAUCAACACUGGGCCUUCUUUGUUCCUAGUGUUGACGGGAGCCCAGAGGGCAAAAUUGUCCAUAUCAGAGUCAAUAAAGAUACCAGACAGAGAGUCGUCUCUUGUACUGUCCAUCUUGAAAGCUUUACUCCUACAAGAACCCGGUCUAGGUUCCGGGCUUUUGUCGUCCCCGGUGCUGUCGUCCUAGCAUCGAGACUGAAGCGAGCUGGGGAUGAAGUUCAUGGUGCUUUCUUUUCUGGCAACUCACGCUCACACCCUGGUGACCCCCCUUCAUAUCAUAUGGUCACCAACAACUGUCAGCAUUUUUGUUAUUUGGUUCUCAAGAACCUGAAUUGGAAUCUCCCUGACCAGGUUCCUGGGCAUGCUAUUGACUACGUCGAGUCCGAGUCAACGCCACUGCUCGCUGUCAGACAGAUUUUGGAUACCCUUCGACGACAGCAGGAUCCAUUUCCAAGGCCCAUCUUCGAGGCUGAUGGCAGAUGGUGGCGAUAUAACCCGAUGCGUCAACAAAGGGAGUAUUGGGAUGAGAGGAACCGUGCCUGGUUUGCUCCAGUAGCAACCCCAAGGGCAUCUUACGCUCGAAUGUCUAUUAGCUAG